CCCACUGUGGCGUCACUAUUGAGCAAGUUUGCUUAUUUUCACUUGAAUCUUGUUUUCCUCUUAUUAUCAUCUGUGUCAUCAUCUUUUCUCCUUUCUUCUUACGUUUUCUUCUUACGUCCCAAUUUAUUUAAGUUUGUAAACCUUUGCCCAUCAUUUCAUCAUGUAAUUUGAUUUUACCUUGUAUUCAGGUGACUUCUAAAAUCAUCUGGAUUCAUCUAGAUAUGUUUAUCCCAAUAAUUGCUGUGUCAUUAUUUUAUACUUCAAUUGAAACACUUCAUCUCAAAGCUCAGUUCUAAUUUUAUUCUUCAUCGUGCAAUUUGCUUUAUCCUUACAUUAAUCUACUUAGUCUCUUAUUUUAGACCAGUGCUAGGGUCUCAAAAUGGACUCAACAACAAAUGAUCCUAACCAAUUCUCAACGUAUGAUCUUUCUUAUUUGUCCAAUACCACAGCUGAUUCAGGAAAUGUUGUUUACCUUUUGGUGUAUGACCUGUCUCAUGGAAUGGCCAAACACUUUUCCUUAAUAUUUUUAGGAAAACAAAUUGAUGCCAUUUACCACACAAGCAUAGUUUAUUUUGGAGUCGAGUAUUUUUUCGGACAAGAUGGUAUCUGCGCGAUGCCUUACAGUGAUGGUUGUAAUAACAUGGGACGACCAAUUUCCAAGAUAUGUUUAGGGUAUUCAGAAAUACCUCUGGUGCUCUUCCAAGAAUACAUAAGUACCUUGAACUCGUCUACAUUCGGCGUUGGCACCUAUGAUUUAUUCAAACAUAAUUGUAACAAUUUCAGCAACGAAGUGGCUCAGUUCCUGACGGGUGUUGGAAUCCCUGAAGAGAUUAUAAAUUUGCCUUCUGAAGUUCUUUCUACAAAUUUUGGGCAAAUUCUUUCCCGUUAUCAGCGUCCAUUAGAGAACCAGAUUAAUCAAAGUGUUACUUCUGGUAAUUCAUUUUUAAGUGAUCCAAGCUACUUCCAAACCUUACCCGAUACUCCUUAUAGCAACAAUUCAAAUAGUAGCUCUGUUAAUCAACCAAACGGACCUUUGUUAUCUUCAAUUUCUAAUCCUUUUGAAUUACUGUUAAGUCAACAACCCAGCCGAUUGGAGAACAAGAACAUGUCAGACCCUCAGGGAGACUCUACGGAAAACCAGGAAACGACAAAAGAAAAGGAGGAAUCAACAGAUCCAGAUUUAUCCGAUGAUAGAGUGGAAAUUAAACCCAAACGGAAAGCUCCAAAGUACAGUGACCCUCCUAUCGUCUAUGCUGAUGUCGACGGCGUCUCAGCAGUCAAGAAGAUAUUGGAACUUGUUGGAGAUGCAUUGAGUGAGGAAGAACGACAUCUCAUGGAUGAUUGGACUGAUUAUCUUAAAACUUCUGGAGAAGCAUGGAAAAUCGAUGAUGAUCAUCUAAGCUUAAUCUCUCGGCUACUUAGCGGUGAAGAUGGCAAAUUUCCACCGAAUGUUCCUCUCUUGACUCUUGAGAUUCUUCAAUCAGCAGCAUUGAAGGAUGACUUUGUCUUGGCUCUUCAUGGUGAUCGUAAAAACCAUCGACUCAUGAGCUACAUUUACAAAAUAGAAAGUUUAACUUUAGCCGAACAAGAAGAGAUCGCUAAGCUUUUAUGCAAUUUUUGUUUUCAACCUUGUUCAUUUGACUGGCUAAUGUACAUAUCAGAAUGGACUGAACCUGAUGGAUCACCAGCAAGUAAUAGCAGAGUAACUAUCAGGGUAGCUGUUCAUACUCUUCUCAAUGAUAAAUUAACCACCUUACAAAAGGUUGGAGUUGAUUUAAUCUUUAACCUCUCAUUGAGAGAGCUUUUUGAAGAAUCAGCUACAGAACUGGCCACCGCUGUUCUUCAAUAUCUCCACUUGAGUAAUUUGGACGAAGAUAGAGUGUUCCUUUGUCUCACAGCCUUAGUAAGAUUCAUGGCAAUUAGCCUCAAUGAAGUACCCGCAUUAACUCAAAUGCUUGGACCCGAUAUCAACAAGUUCCGUGGUACCUCAAAGCGAAUUGAUGAACUUGUUGAGCAAAUAAACGUGAAACUAGCUGCAAUAAACGCUAAAGCAUCUGACGACUAAUCCUAUGUCUUAUCAACUUCCCGUUCAAUUGAAGAGAAAUUAUAAACCAUUCGAGUUAAAACAUUGAUUUUGGACAAUUUUUGCCCUAGUACUAAACGCAAUAUCAAGAUGAAUUCAAUUUUUAUUUCCUUCUUUGCCAAUAACGAAAUUUUACUCACUAUCUAUCCCUUUUUAAUCAGCAUUUCUUAACUGCAUUGGAAACCAGGAAUCAAAUCGAUCAAAAAGUGAAUGUUUAUAAAUGAACAAGAAUAAAAUCUUUCAACUUUUUUUCAAA